CAGCUCCUCGAGUAUUGUGUGUGUGUGUGUGCCCGGCACUCGAGCGCUGUGUGAGAUACACCCCCACCCGCACCAACACUUGGCCAAACUGCAGGCAACUCGAGGAAAGAAGCAACGCCCCCCAUGUCCACACCAAUGCAGUGAAAUGAGCCCAUGUGUGGCUCUGCAGCCUCCACUUCUGGUUACAGGGAGCUUGGUUCGUGCUGGGUCAGAGUGGCCGUUGUAACCCGGGCCGGCAGCCGAAGCCGCAACUAUGGAGGAUCCUUCACCCCCGGGCACACAGCGCCUCGAUUGCCCCGCAUGCCCGCUGCUAUUUCACACUCCGGACGAGAUGCAUUUCCAUCGCAAACACUUCCACCAAAGUUAUAGCCUGGAGCAAGAAACCGUGCUCGAACAUCCAGGCGAACUACCUUCUAUCAACGUGCCUGAAGAAUUAGUUUCCAGUUCCCAUACAUUCAAGAACAAGACUUUCAAGAAACCAAAAACCUGCAACAUCUGCAAACAACUCAUCACCAGCAACCAAGGCCUUUCAUGCAGGGUUUGCAAGUAUGCAUGUCACAAGAAAUGUGAGUCAAAGGUAGUCACGCCAUGUUUGCCACCAGUCAACUAUGAGCUGCCCGAUAACUCUGAUGCAUUUCUAAGUCAUGUAAACAAUCCGGGGUCAAAUAAUUUUCCGAAGAAUUCCUCUUUCAGUCAUAACUCAUCUCCGAGUGUGGAAUCAGGUCACAUAAUGGAGGAGGGUUAUGAGCUUGAUCUGACUUACAUUACGGAGCGCAUCAUCGCAGUAUCUUUUCCUGCUGGCUGCUCAGAAGAAACCUACUUCCAUAAUCUACAGGAUGUAACACGGAUGUUGAAAUCCAAACAUGGAGAUAAUUAUUUGGUGUUUAAUCUUUCUGAAAGGAGGUAUGACCUGUCCAAACUGAACUCCAAGGUGAUGGAUGUAGGUUGGCCUGACCUUCAUGCGCCACCUCUGGAUAAGAUGUGUACCAUAUGCAAAGCGAUGGAGACAUGGCUAAACAAUGACCCACUUCAUGUGGUGGUUAUUCAUUGCAGGGGAGGUAAAGGAAGAAUAGGAGUGGUUAUAUCAUCGUAUAUGCACUUCACCAAUAUAUCUGCAAGUGCUGAUCAAGCCCUUGACAGGUUUGCAAUGAAGAAAUUCUACGAUGAUAAAGUGUCUGCCUUAAUGCAACCAUCACAGAAACGGUAUGCCCAUUUUUUAAAUGGUCUGCUGUCUGGUUCAGUGAAAAUGAACGCCACUCCAUUGUUUCUGCACUUUGUCAUUUUGCAUGGCAUUCCCAGUUUUGAUACUGGCGGAGUUUGCCGCCCAUUUUUAAAGAUUUACCAAGCAAUGCAACCAGUCUACACUUCAGGCAUCUACAAUGUUGGGACUGAAAACCAAAGCAGAAUAUGCAUUUCGAUAGAGCCAGCACAACUUCUUAAAGGUGAUAUAAUGGUUAAGUGCUACCACAAGAAGUAUCGUUCAGCGACAAGAGAUGUCAUCUUCCGGCUUCAGUUUCACACUGGCUCCAUUCAGGGCUUUGGGUUUGUGUUUGGGAAAGAGGACCUAGACAAUGCCAAUAAAGAUGACCGGUUUCCCGAAUUCGGCAAGAUUGAGCUUGUGUUCUCAGCCAGUCCUGAGAAAAUACAAGGUUCUGAGCAUCUCCAGAAUGAUCAUGGAGUAAUUGUGGAUUAUAACACUGCUGACCCAUUGAUACGCUGGGACUCCUAUGAAACUCUGACUGCUGAUGGGGAAGUGUCACAUACGCAAGGCCCAAUUGAUGGAAGCCUAUAUGCCAAAGUGCGAAAGAAAAGCUCCUCCGAGGGUAACAUUCCCAUUGGUGGUGCUCCUGUAACAACUGGCCCUGAACAGAUUGAACAUACACUGUCAGUCAGCAGUGACUCUGGAAACUCCACCGCCUCCAUAAGAACAGACCGAACAGAGGAACAUUUGCCACCAGCCAUUAAACGAGGGCUAAGCCUGCAGGAGAAAGCCGAGUUGGACAGGCUGUUGAGUGGAUUUGGGCUGGAGAAUUCAGUGCAGCUGAAGGAUAUGACUGAUACCAAAGUGAAAUACAGUGGAGUACGUCACAUCGUCCCAGUUCAGGUUCAUGUGAACGGUGAACUGAAGGCAAAGGACAGGGAGACGGACAUUUUAGACGAUGAAAUGCCAAAUCACGAUCUGCACAGUGUGGACAGCAUAGGGACUCUUUCCUCUUCAGAAGGUCAACCGUCAAACAACCUGGGGAACUUCAGCUUUCACAAGAGCAGUCAGAACUCUCUGCUGUCGGAUGGAUUUGGAAGCAACACUGGUGAUGACCUCCACAAUGUUGUUGUACCAGACCUUGGUAUUGGAACAGAAACCGGGUAUGACAGAACAUUUGUAGGAGUUACCGAGGGAAAAAAUGUCUUACAACAGCCCAGAAACCCAUCACUGCCAACACAGCCACAAGUUUAUAAUCAGAGUAACUAUUCUACUCAAACCUGGGUUCGGCAACAGCAGAUGGUUGCUGCUCAGCCGUAUGUCUAUCCAGCAGAAAAUGAUUUGAGGUUUGCAAUGGUGGGCACCGGAGAGGAUCCCAACAGAACACAAAUGGCAUCCAAACUUCCGAAUGCUCCAACACGAGGGUCCAGCAGCAGGGAUGCUGUGCAGCGAGGGCUUAGUACAUUGUCAGGGGACAGUAAGCCACAAGAUCACCAAAGCUCAGAUGCGUUGUUUGGGCACGAGAAACAACCUUGCAAGCCAUCUGAGACUGAUCAGGCCGCUGAAGGGACAAGGCCAGGAUCUGAGGAACAAGACUUGUCAUCUUCCCCAACGCUGGAUAUUGAUCAGUCAAUUGAACAACUCAAUAAACUGAUCAUGGAUCUAGAUCCCACGUUUGUGCCAAUUCCUACACGUGUGAACUCUGUAAAGAAAGGCUCCCUUAGCAAGAAGGAUGUUGCCCUGCAAGGAAGCAACGGUGUGAAUUCAGGGUCAGAGGAACAAACCCCAAGAGUUUCAGGAAGUGACAGCCAACAAGGUCAACAGGCGAGCAACAAUCACCUAACAUUGGGAAGGACAAGGCAACUGAGUGUAGGACAAUAUGAUCAAGGUGAAGCUCAUCUGCUCUAUGACCAGAGUGGAUGGAUCAAAUCCUCUGACUCUUCCCACUCCAAUGGAUUAUUCACCUCAACUGGCCAGUCUGGGGGGCUGAACAAAGAAUGUAACGUUGGCCAAGAUGAGAUGGAUGGUGGACUGUUAAUCUCGUCCUCCCUGAAUGAAGUUCCACCUCCCACGCCAGCAUUCCCAGUCUCACCCCCAACUCCAUAUGUCAAAGUCUCUCAGAAUUAUUCGGCGGUCUCUAUGUUUGGAGUUGGAGAAUCGAGCAGCAGCCCUUCUGAUGUCUUCAGAAAUGCUCAUGAACCCCGAAGUUGCAUGGAAGGCAUUCAUCGUUCCAGAGUGGGCUCAGACAAUGCAGCAGUGAGCAGCAUUCUGUUUCACACCGAUUCGCCAACAACUAAUACGCCUUUCCAGCGAUCGUUUAGCUCAGGGUGUUCGACCUCCAACAGCCAAGUGCCCAGGACAGACAGCCCACGUGCCUGGUUGGAGAAUACCCAGAAAGGAGCGUUUUCUCCUCAGCCAUCUGUAACUGGGAUUAGUAGGUCAACAGGGAGUUACCUUGGCACCUCAGUGUUUUCUGGUAUCUCUGGAAGUCCACACCAGGAGAACUCCGCCUCACCACACUUGCCUUCUCCGGGAUCGCAAGUUGUCUCUUCCAACAACCACUCGAUUCGUCUGAAUGUUUCGGAGAGUCUCACUGCCAACCUGCACCAGGGCAGCACUGGAGCAGCCUCUCCAAUGCCUGUAGAUUCCAGCAGCCUGAACUACGGUGUCAACAGCGGACCUAGCAAUGGAAAACAAGACAUUUUACUGAGUUAUCCUGCCGGAUCAAGCAACACUGCUUUGAACAUGAACUUCCCUGCCGCUAUCCUCCCAGGUAUCGGUGGCCUGCAGGAGGGAGUGCAUACAGCAGCUAACAGGCAGGCGCCAAAUAGUGCCCCCCUGAUGCGUGAUGUUUUGAGUAUGAAUGUCCAUCCCCCAUUGCCGGAAAAGAAACGGAUUUCCGAGGGAGAUCAUUCAUUUGCCACCAUCUCACCGGCUUCAAGUGGCUUUUCAAGUCCCCACAGUGGAAGUACGAUCAGCAUUCCCUUUCCCAGCAUCCUUCCUGACUUUUCCAAAGUUAUAAGUACUACCUCUGUUGUCCACGUUACAGAUGUAAGUUCUCCAUCUGAUAAACAUGUGACGGUAAAAUUUGUACAAGACACGUCCAAGUUUUGGUAUAAGCCAGAGAUAUCACGUGAACAAGCCAUUACAUUACUAAAAGAUAAAGAACCAGGAUCGUUUAUUGUCCGGGACAGCCAUUCUUUCCGGGGAGCUUAUGGGUUGGCAAUGAAAGUGGCCACACCCCCUGCAUCUAUGCUUCAGCAAAGCAAGAAAGCAGCAGGAGACAUAUCGAACGAGUUGGUCAGACAUUUCCUGAUUGAAUGCACCCAAAAGGGAGUGCGGUUAAAGGGAUGUCCCAAUGAACCAUACUUUGGGAGUCUGACUGCAUUGGUUUAUCAACAUUCGAUCACCCCACUGGCAUUGCCGUGCAAGCUGCUCAUCCCUGAUAGAGAUCCUUUGGAAGAUGGAAUUGAUGUAUCUGCACAUGUUGCCACCAACUCUGCUGCAGAGUUACUGAAACAAGGAGCAGCGUGUAAUGUGUGGUACCUGAAUUCUGUGGACAUGGAGUCUCUGACUGGACAUCAAGCAAUCCAGAAAGCAACAUCAGAAACACUACUGCAGGCCCCAACUCCAGCUUCCACUGUCGUACAUUUUAAAGUAUCUGCCCAGGGCAUUACUCUGACUGACAAUCAAAGAAAACUGUUCUUCAGAAGACAUUAUGCUGUCAACACAGUGAUUUUCUGUGCUUUGGAUCCACAUGAUAGAAAGUGGACCAAAGAUGUUGGCUCAACAAAAAUUUUUGGAUUUGUGGCAAGGAAGCAAGGAAGUGCCACAGAUAAUGUCUGCCACCUCUUUGCCGAGCACGACCCCGAGCAGCCUGCCAGCGCCAUUGUGAACUUUGUGUCAAAAGUCAUGAUCGGAUCCCAGAAGAAAUAAUCAUGUUAGGAUCUUGCAGAACCCCACUAUGAGAAGAGUAAAGGUUUUUAAACCAAAUAAAAUUAGAAAAAAAGUAAAACUGCAAGUCAAUAAUAAUCUGGAUCGAUAGCUAGUCAUGUUCAGAGGGUUUGUUUAAGUUGAACAAUGGUAAGAGCAAGUAUAAUUUCAUUCAGAGGAGAGCAGAGGCAUGAACUUUAUAAGAUAACUGGUCUUUAUUCCAAACUAUCAGAAAAGGUGUAUGGCUUCUGUGAUUAUUGGUUAUCAUUUGAUCUUAUUUGUUGAGGUGAAGGGUCAGUGCUUAGUUUUAUUUUUGGUGCUUUGAGCAGGAUAAGCUGAACAGUUCUUUAAAAACCAUCAGAAAAACUGAAUUUUAAUUUAUUUGACACCAUAUCCUGAAUAGCUUGCAGCUAAUCUGAUGAUUGUACUUGCGCAUAUGUUAAAGCUAAGAAGCUCAGUCACGAUUGGACUGUCAAUUUUGUUUCUCGGUGAUGCAAACUAUUCUCUAAUGCGUGCAACACCCACGUAUCAUUCCAGAAUCACUGGCAUUUUAGUACGUAGGAUAGAUAUUAAUGUUUAUGUAAAUCUAUUUUAUAUCAUUGCAAUUUUUGUUACAAUGGAUGAAAUCUAUAUAAGUACACAGUUAGGUAUGAGAUUCUUGCCAAAGACAUACCAUUGAACCAGCACUUUGAACUGCCGUGCAUAAACACGAGUUCAGUGAUUGAAUUCCUUUUUUUCCCUCCUAUUAAACUACUGUAUCCACCCUGUGUGUUAUUCCCAGUGUUAACUAAUUGUGAAAAUGCCAAAAUGCAAGUUCAAAUGUUUUUACUUUGACCAAUUAUCUGUAUUACCAAAAUCAUUUUAGUCAUUUCUGUCUGCUUUGGCUAGUCUGUAUGUUGUAGUGUUCUUAAAAGCAUCCUGUAAAAAAAUCUUGUAUCCAUUAUGUAAAUGAAUUAUGUUCUAUAAUUCUUUGUAUAGUCCUUUUCCAUCUUUGAAACAAUCUGUUAAAAUUAUAAUAAAUACAAUAAAUUUUAGUUUCAUCU